GAUGGUGGCAGGCCAACGAGACCUCCCCGACCCUAGGGGGUUCAUUGAAAGCAUAAGUUUUCUCGCGCCUACAUUGACGAAGAUCCAGCUUGUUGGUUGGGCUAACCUCCCCGUUGAAAUUUUCCUGGGGUGUCCCAGUUUGAAGGUCAUCACUUUACAGGACGUCGCCCCUGCCAAAUCUGCGGUAGUGACACCGGGCAACUAUGGUUCGCCUCCCAAGAUCGAGUGUCUCGAGUACAACGUAUCGCACAUGUUCAUCGAGGCACUUCUUCGACCUCCCGAUUUGAUGUCAGGUCCAAUUUUCGACUGGACGAGUCUUCGGGUUCUUAAAGUAAGCCCGCAUGAACACAACGACAUGGUGCACGUCCAGCCUAUCUUGAACGUAACAUCCGAGACGCUUGAAAAACUUCUCUUCCUCUUUCUUUCAAUCGACAAGAAGCAGCACCCUCUGAAGAACCUCGUGAAUCUCGAAGCGACGAAGAAGCUGCGUGCUAUUAGUAUCCGGAUGAUCAUCAAUUGCAAGACGAAGAAUGCCUCAGUACUGCACGAUUUGCGCCACGUUUUGGGCACCAUACCCCAGAAUAACGUCGUCAAAAUCACUGCGCUCGAGCUGAUGGUUUACGGGAAGCAACCGUUCAAGGUUUGCCUGACCAGGAUUGGGAUGGUCUUUGCAGGGAAGUCGUUCGUAUUUCAGCAAGCAAGCCGCUCGACUUCCACCUCUACACUUGCGCCGAACCAGAUUCCUUCGAUGAGGCACCUGGAUCUGCUCGCUUGUAUCAACGCCUUGAGGAAAGGAUUCUUUCGACUUUUUCCGACCAACUUCAUAUCGCAUUCCACUCGCUG